AUGGGCGCGAAAAACAAUCAUGACAUGGACAGUGAUCCCGUAGAGCUAGUCGCUGCUUGGCUCACAAAGGAAGAUGGUGGGCGCUGGAGGGCUGGGGAAUGGAUGUCCGCCCUCCUUCCUCACCUUGCUGUAUCUGCCGCAGACUCCAGCUCCCCAGCCCGCGUCAUCUUCGCCUUCACCUGCCAAGAAGCGCACUGUAAUCGCUUGGGCAACCUGCAUGGCGGUGCUGUCGCCACUCUUUUCGACAUGUGUACCACCAUGCCCCUCGUCCUUGUCAGCAAGCCCGGCUUCUGGCAGCUCCUCGGUGUCACGCGCAACUUGAACGUGACGUAUCUCCGUCCCGUGCCCGUGGGAGAGGAGGUAAUCAUUGAGACUGAGGCGAUGCAGGUCGGCAAGAGGUUGGCCACGUUGAAAGGCGUCAUGCGGAGAAAGAGGGAUGGCGAGAUUGUGAGCAUCUGUGAGCACUUGAAGGCCAAUAUUGAUGCCGAACCCAAAAUCUAG